CCUCUAUUCUGGCUAAAGGAUACUGCGCUUCUAUGCAAGCUGCCUACUCAGCUCUCUCGGCCCCCCAGAAAAUCGGAGCUGCGGACUUGUCUGUGGGGGUAAUGCCAUAGAAAGAAUAUAAUAGGGGAGCGCACCAUGACACCGUUUCUGUUUAACAAACCUGAGAGGAGUUAUUUUAAAGCUUUGAUCAUACCAAGAAAAUGGGUGACCUCCAGCAAUCAUCGGGGAGCAUUGUCUCCAAGGCAUAUGUCGUCGAGUCCGAGGGAGCGCCGUUUGUCCUAAAAGAUGUUGUCCUGGACCAGGUGCAACCCGACGAGGUUCUCGUGGAAUUAAAGUACACAGGGAUCUGUCAUACUGUUAGUUAGCCGCUUGUUACUCCCAGUCAGAGGAACCCUCACGACAGGGACGCCUCAUUUGUUGUCGAUAAAGUACUUAUGUUUUUUUUUUUUUGAUUUUUACGGUCUAUUAGGACAUUGUCGUCCAAAAUGGCGGAAUGCCCAUUGGGAGCUACCCAGCCGUCCUUGGACACGAGGGCGUAGGCAUCGUGCGACAGGUUGGAUCUCAGGCUCAGGACAAGUCGCUGAAGGAAGGAGAUACAGUUCUACUAGGUUUCCGUACCUGUCGAAAAUGUCCAUCGUGCCUGGAGGGUCGAUGUGGUGCGUGUCCCCGUAUGACAGAAUACAACUUUAUGAGUGCCCGUCUCGGAGAGGGCGCGAAACCCAUCUAUUCCUUGACCGAUGGCACUCCGGUUCAUGGCCAGUUUUUCGGUCAAUCAUCUCUGAGCAAGAUGGCCAUUGUUGCAGAACAGUCUGUGGUGAAAUGCGACGUCGAUGCCGACUCCCUUCAGUAUCUACCUCCGCUUGGCUGCGGGUACCUCACCGGUGCGGGAACCAUCUUCAACGUGCUCCAGCCCAAACCAACCUCAACCGUGGCCAUCCUGGGGAUGGGUGCUGUUGGCGUGGCAGCAUUGCUCGCCGCGAAGGCAAUGGGUGUUCGCCAGAUCAUCGCAGUGGAUAUCGUGGACUCGAAGCUGGACCUGGCUGUCUCCUUGGGGGCAACCCACACGAUCAACACGAAGCAGGUUCCUGAUCUCUGCACCGGCAUCCGAAACCUGCUGCCCGAUGGUGUGGACCAGAUCGUGGACACGACCGGCGUUUCGCCCCUGCUGCAGGCAUCGAUGAAGGCCCUCGGCCAUGAAGGUGUGCUCGCCUUGGUCGGAGUUCCCCGACCUGGAGACUCAAUCCAGGUUGAUGCCCUAGACUUGCUUGUUUCCUGCAAACGGGUCGUUGGUGUGAUUGAAGGUUUUGCGGACCCCAAAGAGCUGAUCCCCCGACUCGUCAAACUAUACCGUGAAGGAAAUUUCGCCAUCGAUCGCAUCUCAACGGUCUACGCGGCUGAACGCCUGGAUGAAGCGAUGGAGGACCUUAAAGCUGGAAGGGUGAUCAAGCCGGUGUUGUCAUGGGAUGGCAUUUGA